AUGUCAUUUUUAAAUGAAUUAAAGAAUAAUAGAAAAUUAAAGAAUGUUGAUACUGUUAUAACCAAUAAAGAUGGUACUAAACAUAAGGUUAAUAUUACCACAGGUAGCAGAAGUGAAUUGCACAGUGAUGAUGAAAAUGCUCCACAAUCUUUGGGUUUCGUUGUCGAUACGAAACCAGAUGAUCAAUGCUAUCGAUGCGAUCUAAGUGAAUAUAAUGACAGUGCGAACCUAUUCAUUGGAUCACAAGAUGCAGCUUUCAAUAGACAACAUUUGGAUCAUCAUGGAAUCACUCGGAUUUUAAAUGUUGGCUAUGGCAUUGCCAAUCUCUAUGCCAAUGAUGGUAUUGGAUAUAUGAAUAUCGAUAUCUACGAUGAUGUCGACUACAACAUCUACGAUCAUUUCAGCGAGGCAUUUCAAUUCCUCGACCUUGCAAUUAGCGAACAACGAUCGAUUCUCAUACAUUGCAACGCUGGAAUAUCAAGAUCAUCGACCAUACUCAUAGCGUACCUAAUGAAACGACAUCACCUGACGCUGGAACACGCCUACUCAAUAGUGAAGAAAGCACGUCCAUUGAUCAAACCGAAUCAAGGUUUCUACAAUCAACUGAAAAACUAUGAAAAAUAA